AUGGCUGCUGUGCUUGCCAAGAAGAGCUUCUCCAGCUUGCCGGAGGACUCUUGGAGUUGCCUGCCCACCCAAUAUGUGGGGGCAGAGGUGCAAGAGCAGAUCCGAGAAAAGCAACGACAGGCACAAGCAAAGAAGAAGGCGGUGCGUGUCGUUUUCUGCGAAGACAGCGGUGCGUUCGGUUUUGGCACAGAUGGCCAGGCGAAGAAAUCCUCGUUGGAGCCUCGGGAACCGGCCAGAAAAGAGGAGAGCCUUGCCCACUGUUCACUCUUCACAAUUCAAAGGCAUGGACCCGAGGCGCCAGCGCAGCCGAUUGAGGUGGAGAGGACUGAGAAAACCCUGAAAAAGCAACAGCAAAGACUUCCAGGUCUAGACUUCAACCAGGUGGUCGGCCGCUUCCGGGAUGGGUCACCUGUGCGUUUGGCUUCCUUCAACUACUUCUUGUUUGAUGGCUCGGACCAACAAAUCUGGGAUCCGAUCUUCCUGGCACGCCUGGCCUACGAGGGCUUCUUCACCAUCACCACCGGCAGGGGUCGAGAUCGGAAGCCCUUGCCGGAGCUGCAGCCCUACUAUGGUGUGUUGGACUGGAAAAACUUCUCCCUCUCGAAGCCAGUGAAGAAGGCUCUGAAGCGGGCGAAGACCAGGUACUACCUCUAUUGCAACCGAAACUUUCAGCUGACGUACCAGGGUAUCAAUGAGUACCACAAGGACCCUGGAGACAUGAUGUGUGCCGUAGAUCAGCAUGGAGAGAACUGGAUGACGUGGAAGUACUUGGAAGCCUUCAAGCGGGAGCUCUACGAUGGCCCUUUGCCCGAGAACGGAGAUGCGGGCACCACCCCGAAAGCACCAGUGCCACCGGCGCCACCGCCUCUUCCCCGCCACCGGUACAGCAUUGGCAAGAUUUACACGAGCUUGUCGGGCUUUAACCUCCGUGGUGAAGAUGGUGUGGGCUGGAUUCAGCUCUCAUGCCUGGGGAAGUGGUUGGAACAAAAGAACUAUUCCUUCUGGACUGAACAUUUGGCCGCUGGACGGACCUGGCGAACAUUAGAGACGGACCUGGCUGGCCGGACGAAAGGUGGAACGUUGGAAGAUAGGAAUGAGACGUUACAAAGUGGCCUUCUGCCCCACCAGAGGAUUUGGGUUAACGCCAAGGAUCACGAUGACAUCUUGAGUUAUGCUGAGUCGAUCCUGGGAAAAGGUUACGUGAUGGAAUAUGAAUGUCAUGAUUGGAAUGGACGAGCCCAGGGUAAAGCAUGCCUACGAGUUGAAGAUUGGAGUGAUGCUGGCAGAGGAUUUUUGGUUGGAGACCAUUUGAUUGCGAGUGAUGGAUACUAUGAGUGGUAUGGCCAGCACUACCUGACGGAUGGAAAGGGACUGUACCAUUUGUGCGGUGGUGGUCGAUCGAAGUGUAUGGUGAAGUUGUCGCGAGGAGAUGGAAGAGAAUUGGUGCAUAUCAGCCGAUGGAGGUUGGUCAAUGCGUUGAUGAUGCAUGACAUGGAGUACUCCAAGAAGCGUGCUUUGGAAGGAGACAGGGAGAGCUUGAAAAGUGUAGAGCUUGGAGCUGGAGUUGAAGAGAGUUUGGCAAUAUUGCAGCGAUGUCUAAAGGAUGAAGAACGUGGAGGUUUGAGCAUUUCACAAACAGGAGGACUUUUGGCGUUGGUGUGCAUGCGAAGUGGCACGAACUUGGGCGAGUAUCUCAAACGGUCCAUCAAGCCGGGGUCUGACGACGGCAAUAGGGGAAGACAACGGGAGGUUCUUCCGCUGCCGCUUUGGACCGAUGGGAAGGAACAACUCAGAAGCCUCUUCGAGUCUGGGGACUUUCGGAAGUUUGGAGGCGCAGACAAGAAGGCCUUUCGACAUGCACGGCGAGCAGGCUUACCACCUGAAGGAUAUGGAGCAAGUGUUCGCCUGGUCGAAUUGUGUGAAGGAGAGUUGAAGGAGAAGCUGCUGAAUCCCCUGAGGAACUUAUUGCCGGCGGAGGAGAUGUCUCUGGAGAUACCAAGGCCCCAGAUUCAUGCCUGCCGGGAAGAAUGGAAGAAGAUCGCAGGGGAGAUGUACAAGCGGGGCCUGGUGAAGACUGUCGAGGCGCCAGUGUUGGUCAGAGGAUGGCCUGAGAUGAUGACGUUUGCAGAGAAAGUGAGCUGGCGCAGCCUAGGUGUAGAGCGAGAGGGAGACACCUAUAUAGGCGGAGGAGGUCUCCUGGGAAAGGGUGAGAUACGGGGAGAUAGCGUUUUUCCGAACCUGGAGGAGGAAGAGAAGUUAUGGUCCUUGUAUUAUUUGGAUGACACCAGCCUUUACGAGAUCAUGGAGGCUCGUGUGGCAGAGGACCUGGAAGCAAAGAGCUCAGAGGGGCAGGAUGCGUUGAGGCAAGCUUAUGCUCAUGGGGGAGUGCCUUACUCCAAGGAAAAGAGCUUGCAGAGAGCACGGAGGGCUGAAAAGCUGGGAGCUGUGGCGAGGAACCCUCCAAGGAGCGAUGAAGAGAGCGCUAGAUGCCUGUCGCUGAGUUUUUGGCUGCUGAGACAAGACAAAGUGCCCCGAAAAGGACUGCAAGUGUUGCUGGGACAAGAGGUGCACACGCUGCAGUUUCGCAGACUAUCCUGGAGCAAUGUGGCUUGGGAUGACCGUGCCAGCUAUCAGCUCAACCAUCAUGAGCGCUAUGAUGCGCUAGAGUUCAAUGAGGAGCUGGAACCUUUGAGGUUGCUGGGGUACCUCACGGGGUACACCUUGGGUCUGUAUCGCAAGCAAGCAGAGACGGAGGAUGAGAGGAGGAAGCAGACGGUCGCACGAGAAGAGAUGGCUCGGAGGAGUUUUGACGACAUUGGAGAAAAGGAUGAUGCCACGACUCAUGUCAGCGUGAGUGAGAGAGACAAGGAGGAGGAAGAAGCUUUGGUCCAGCUGGUCCGGAACCCAAGACGAGCGCAUCAAUCUCCUGGAGUUGAGGGCGUUUUUGAGGAGCCUAGAGUGGCGGGCGUUUUGAGAAGGAUGCCAAGAAAGGAGAUUAAGAGAAGGGCCACAAAGGAAGACCGCAAGGCUGAGAGGCAAAGAGUGGGAAAGUUGUCGGAGCAAAGAGUUUCACAAGCGACCGCAGAACGAUAUGCAGUUGCUUUGCAUGGCCGGAGUACCUUUGUGGGAAGCACAGUGGUAGAGCUGCUGAAUCGAGCAGAUCUUGAAUCAGUGCUUUGCCAAGACAUAGAGUUCCUGUGGGAGGAAGGAGAUCCCAAGACGAUGGCAAAUUAUGUGAUGGCCGCAGUUCAGUAUCGAAGGCCAGAGCUCAGAGGAAAUUUGAAAGGAGCAUGGCAGCUGGUUUCUUUGGAACAAGCUGGAACAACCCUUGCGGGCUACGCGGACGUGGGAUCUUGGGCUUUUUGGUGGGCGCAUCUCGCUCAGGAAUACAAGAGGCAACUGGGGCACCGGAUCUACACACGAGAAGAGUUUCUGCAAAGGCUGAAGCUGGAACGAGGAAGGGCUCUUCAACUGGAGGGAGAUUUCCGUCUUCCUGAAGGGACACCUGACUUUGUGCCAUUGGACACUGCUGGCGAGGUGCCUGGCGGCAUGGGCAAAUUGAAGUCUGGCCACGGCGAUGCUGUGUGCCAGGUUUUGCACACUUUAAUGGGUGAGGCCUUGCGGAGGGUCAGCUUCGAGUUCCACGCUCCGACCUAUCCCGAUGAGGGCAUGGCGGACGAAGCGGACGUGGAUAGCGACGCGGAGAUCCACUCGGUGGGCGAGGACGAGAUGCCUGGUGAUGGUGAGGAGGAUGACCUCAUGUACCAGGAGGAUGCGCCAAAGCCACCUGAGGAUGAUGAGAACGAUCAUCAGGUGCUCCAAGCCAACGUGGACCCCAAGGAGUGGCUCUUGGAGGUGGAGCGGGUCUCGUCCCGGCUGAAAGUGCAGAUGCCCAACGACUCAAAGGAGUGGAGGACGCAUUUGCAGCAGACCAAGCAGUACAAGCAGGUGAUCGAGAACCAGUUUCCAGCAUCCAAGGUGCAGCUGGAUAAGCUGGUGGCGCAGCUGAGCCAAGCCAUGGAUCGGAUCAAAUCCAAAGAGGCGUUUAUCAACACUCAGUUCGACCACCGAGCUGUGGAUUAUCGACAGCAGCAAGAGGAGCUGACUCAGGUCCAGCAGCAGUACACCGAGCUCAAUGAAGUGGUCAUGAACUUGCAGAUUGAGCUUAAAAAUGUGAGUGAAGAGCUCGAUGUGGUGAAAAACGAGAUGGAGGAGAAGUCCUCUACGGUGACCGACACCACCCCGAUCGUCAAGAUGAAGGAUGCCUUCAAACGACUCAGGGCGGACACGCGGCAGCUGGAGGUGCGAAUUGGUGUGGUGAGCCACACUCUGAUGCAGGCUCCUGUUGCACCUGUUGAGCAGAAGGUGGACGAGGAGGAGAAGUCGGAGCCGGACAAGCCGCCUGGUGACUUUGGAGUGCGUGCAAAGGAGGAGCACACCGAAGAGAAGGACCCAGUCGAGUUAGUGAAGGUGGAGAGAGAUGCCACCCACGUUUUGCUUCGGGCCACUGGGACCGAUUCGGAGACGUUGCUUCGCCAGUGCAGUGGCCAUCCCAAAGGGGUUCUCCGACUCCAUCUUUGCCCCGAAGGCUGUGCCGGGGAUCGCGUGUCCGAGAACCUGGUUCACGGGCUCAAGCACGACAGAGCACAUGGUGGGGAUCGCAAGGCUUCAAAGGAGAGCCAUCGAGGGUCCAAGGACAAGAAGAAAGAGAAGAAGAGAGGAGCGUUGGCGGCUCGCUCUUUGACAUCGAUGCGCAAGGCAUUGUUGGAGAGUUCCGGCCUGGAGGACCACUCGAACAUUCUCAGUCCCACCGCCAUGAAGUACUUCAGGCAGGAACUACAACGGAAAACAAGUGGCCCAGUUGGACGAGAGCUGAUGACGCUCUCGAGCUCCGUCGAUCUUCUUCUUCGAGGUCGAGUUGCACAAGCGGUCGACGUCAUGCUCCAGAGAGUCAAGUCGGUGGAGGCGACAAUCGCCGGCUCCCACUGGUCUGUAUCCCAACGUCUCGAGAUACCGCCCCUCGACGCCCAGUUGAUAGCUCCAAGAGAGGAGAUCAUUACAGCGCAAAAAGCAGCUGCAAUCGACGCUCGAUCCAAGUUCCUGGCAUCACAGCCGGAUGGGCGUGGGAAGUCAGAAGGAGGCGGCAAGAGCAAGGAGCAGGGAUAUCAGGAGUGGAGGACCGACCGCGACAAGGGGAAGAGCAAGGGCUCUGGCCGCAAGGGGAAGGACUUCAAGAAGACCGAUUGA